GGGAGCGCGCUAUAAAACCUGCUCCGGGGGCGCUCGCCGCUCAGCCGGACCUGCGGGGAGGCGUGCGUGCAUCUAUCUGCAGCCAGAAAAGCGGGAGGCAAAAGUCUGAGAAUGCAGAGUGCGCAGAGCCCGAGCCUCUGUCUGCGAAAGCAGAGCCUUUGGCUGGCCUCUCUGCUCCUCCAUCUCUUGGGCCAGGUGGCUACGACUCAAUGUUGCCCGUCCACGUGCCCAAGCCAGUGCCCCUCGACGCCUCCAACCUGCGCCCCCGGGGUGCGCGCGGUGCUCGACGGCUGCUCCUGCUGCCUGGUGUGCGCCAGUCAGCGCGGUGAGAGCUGUUCUGAGAUGCAGCCCUGCGACCAGAGCAGCGGCCUCUACUGUGACCGCAGCGCGGACCCCAGCAACCAGACUGGCAUCUGCAUGGUGCUAGAAGGAGACAACUGUGUAUUCGAUGGGGUCAUUUACCGCAGUGGAGAGAAGUUCCAGCCAAACUGCCAAUACCACUGCACCUGCAGAGAUGGGCAGAUUGGCUGUGUACCCCGCUGUCAGCUGGAUGUGCUACUGCCGCGUCCUGACUGCCCAGCUCCAAGAAAAGUUGCAGUGCCUGGAGAGUGCUGUGAAAAGUGGAUAUGUGGCCCAGAUGAAAAGGGGACAUUGGGAGGCAUUACCCUUCCAGCCUACAGACCAGAAGCCACCCUGGAAGUUGAAGUCUCUGACUCAAGUAGCAACUGCAUUGAACAGACCACAGAGUGGAGUGCGUGUUCCAAGACUUGUGGCAUGGGUUUUUCCACCAGGGUCACCAACCAGAAUCAUCAAUGUGAGAUGGUAAAGCAGACGAGGCUCUGCAUGGUGCGGCCCUGCGAACAAGAGCCUGAGCAACCAACAGAUAAGAAAGGAAAAAAGUGUCUCCGUACCAGGAAAUCACUCAAAGCCAUGCAUCUACAGUUUAAGAACUGCACCAGCCUGCAAACCUACAAGCCCAGAUUCUGUGGGGUCUGCAAUGAUGGACGGUGCUGCACCCCUCACAACACCAAAACCAUCCAGGUGGAGUUCCAGUGCUCCUCAGGGCAAAUCAUCAAGAAACCCUGGAUGGUCAUUGGGACCUGCACCUGUCACACCAAUUGUCCUCAGAACAAUGGGGCUAUCCUCCAGGCACAGGAGCCUGAGGCCAGCAGAGAGGAAAUCUGACAUGUUCCUGAAGAAGCACAGCUACAGAAGCAAACUUAGCUGCUGCAUGACCACCAUCAGAUGAAUAUAAGGAAAAUAAUGACAAAUCAUUCUUUCAUCCUUGAGUCUUAUGUAUUUUUCUGUGAUCAUAUGAGGUCAUUUAUAUAUGUCUUUUUUAAAAAAGGAAAGAUACUCUAACUAUAAUAUAAACUUGGAAUCAAAGUAAGCUCAGGAUAUGGCUAAGGGAUGAUUUACUUUCCUGUGGUGUUUAUUACAAAUGCAAAUUUCUAUAAAUUUAGGAAGUCAGAUAAAGGACUUACUUUGUAGACUGUAUCACAUUACACUCGUCUUAAUUUGAUGUGCACUAGUGCAAUUCCGAAACAAAUCACUGUAAUGAAUGACGUGGAGAAUCUAGGGUCGUACUGCACACAUCGUCAUAGAAAUCUUUCAUCUUGUAUUAGGGUGUGGCUCACAGGUUCUCUAUUGGGCUCUCUUCUCGGAGUAAGACAACUCUGAACUUCCAAGCCCAAGAUCCAAGGAAACAUGCAAUUCUUCAACAGGAAUUCCAGAGGCAAUUAAUUUUCUGUUUAGCUGUAUACUAGGAAACACGCUGUAUCUACAGUAACGAAGUUUGUUAAUUAAGUGGACUGGUGUCAUAAACUUUCUCUGUUCCAUACAAAUUGACUCCUUUCCAGCAGGAAGAAGCUAAACUGAAAACUCCCAGUGCAGAAAUGAUGGGGCCUCAUGGCCCUCAGACAUCUGGAUGCUAAGGCUGCUGAGGCUCACUAGUGUUUUAGCUCAGCAGGAGCCCAGGCGUAUGAAGAGUGACCCUGUUAUCAGUAAAUAAACUGAGUAGACUGAGAUGAGUACGUUGAGGCCCAAAGCAUUUGAUUGCAACCUCUGAUGACUUCCAAAUAUACACUGAGGGGAAUUUUGGAAGAAACAGAAAAGAAACAAAAUCAACAUGACUGUGGUGUGAUAGAUCACAAAUUUUAUGAGAGUUUAGAAUUAUUGUGGACAUGCCCAAAACAUAUCCUUAGGCCAUAAUUAUGAAAACCCACCAGCAAGAUAUAUGUGUGUACACAGGUAAAUCUAAUUUGCCAGGUUAAAGGAUAGGCUGUGAAAUUCAAUCUAUACAAUCUUCUAAUGUCACCAGAGGUUUUCCACUUUUCUCUUUAAAGUAUUUAUAAAAAUGUAAAUUAUGCAAUAUGUAAAAUAGUCUUUAAUUUCUGUACAUGUCAGACAUGACUAAAUAAACAUGAUGUUA